UUAUUGGUUAGUGUGUGGUUAAGCCCCAGCAGCAUCGGUUCAUCAUGUUUAAGAAAGAGUCUAAGUAUGUUUACAUGAUGGGACGACGUCUCGUAACACCAGUUCUGGCUGUUACUCUAAUAUUCCUAGUCGUACUAUCCACUAUCAAGGACCUACCCAAUACAUUAAAAGCUAAAUCUGUUUCAAUUGAGUAUGUUAUUGAGGACAUACUAUGUUCGAGCUCGCAGCCUCCGCCAGGACGUAGUAUUUUCUUUCAUGAGACCAGCUGCACUUCUCCAGAUACGGCAUCCAACAUUAUGAAUCUGACGGCUCGACAAGCCUGUUCAAUAGAAUCGGCUGCUCUGAAUAAUCCCAACUUCCAAAUCUUCACUGUGUUUUCCUGUCCCACCUAUCGCCCGCUCGUCGGUCGUCAAAAACUUCUCGUCGAUGCCAUCGAAAGCUAUGAGAACGUGAACUUUCGUCACCUAAAUUUAAGGGACUAUGCUAUGAACACUCCUAUUGAAGAUUGGGUAAAAAGGGGCGAAUUGCUUAACUCUAGCUUUCCGAUGGAGCACACAUCUGACCUCCUCCGCCUUAUAAGUCUCUAUCGGUUUGGAGGCAUCUAUUUAGACAUGGAUAUUAUUGUCCUGAAGAGAUUAGAGAAAUUGCCUCUGAACUAUGUGGGAGCUCAAUCUAAUUAUACCUUGGCCAAUGGUGUCAUUGGUUUGACAGCCGAUGGAAUAGGUCAUGAAGUUGCUGAAUUAUUUUUACAGCAGUAUCAAAAAUAUUUUAAUGGAAAAAAUUAUGUACAAAAUGGACCAACUCUUGUGACAGCCGUUCUGUUGAAAUAUUGUGGCACCAGCCUCAUGAAAGCCAUAGAAGGCGGUCGUAAGAGUUGCAAGGGAUUUCGACUAUUUAAUACGACUGCAUUCUAUUCAAUUCCUUGGCCAGAGUGGAGGCAUUUUACUGAGCCCAGGUACCUGGAGGAAACUAUGGCAAGAACUAAGGAUUCACUUAUGAUACACAUGUGGAACAAGGUCUCUAGGGGAGAGCGUAUCAAAGUCGGAUCCAACGCUGCAUAUGUAAAGUAUGCGGAAAAGAAGUGUCCCAGGACGUAUGCGGCAGCUGGUGAUUACUUUUAAUGUGUUUUAUUUAAGUGUGUUUCAAAUAAUUUAUUGCUAGAAUAAAGUAAAUACGUUUCCUAUAUA